GCGCCCCAGACGACCCCGCCGACUCAGCCAGACCACCCGGCGAGCCCCAGCCGCGGCAGCGGGCUAGCGGCCCCGGGUCCGAGCCUCCGGCACCUCCGCACAGACGGGGCGGGCGGCGCGGAUAGGAGCCCGGGAGGCCAUGGGGACGGGGGCCGGGCCGGCGAUCGCGGGCCAGCGGGAGCCCCGCGUCUGAGGAGCGGGCGGCGGGGCGGCGGGGGCCAUGACCUCGGUGUGGAAGCGCCUGCAGCGCGUGGGCAAGCGGGCCGCCAAGUUCCAGUUUGUGGCCUGUUACCACGAGCUGGUGGUGGAGUGCACCAAGAAAUGGCAGCCAGAUAAGCUGGUGGUGGUGUGGACCCGGCGGAACCGACGCAUCUGCUCCAAGGCCCACAGCUGGCAACCGGGCAUCCAGAACCCAUACCGGGGCACCGUGGUGUGGAUGGUGCCGGAGAAUGUGGACAUCUCCGUGACCCUAUACAGGGACCCCCACGUGGACCAGUAUGAGGCCAAAGAGUGGACGUUUAUUAUUGAGAAUGAGUCCAAGGGGCAGCGGAAGGUGCUGGCCACGGCCGAGGUGGACCUGGCCCGCCACGCGGGGCCCGUGCCCGCCCAGGUUCCGCUGCGGCUGCGGCUGAAGCCCAAGUCGGUGAAGGUGGUGCACGCGGAGCUGAGCCUCACUCUCUCGGGGGUGCUGCUGCGGGAGGGCCGCGCCACGGACGAUGACAUGCAGAGUCUCGCGAGUCUCAUGAGCGUGAAGCCCAGUGACGUGGGCAACUUGGACGACUUUGCUGAGAGUGAUGAGGAGGAGGCUAAUGGUCCAGGGGCCCCUGAGGCACGGGCUCGUGUCCCCCAGCCAGAUCCCUCUCGGGAGCUGAGGACACUUCGUGAGGAGGAGGAGGAGGGCCGAGUGCAGCCCCGGCAGACAGCUGCCAGCCCUUCUAGUGCUGAGGAUAACAGCCCAGCCCCUGUGAGUGCUCCUGCGCCCCCAACCAGGGCCUCCCGGGGCCAGGGGGCAGAACCAGCUACUGUAGCUGGGGGCCAGGUGGGGCCUGAGGCCCCAAGGCCCCCGGGAACCCCACUGGAGACGAGGUCCUCCAGAGAGCCAGACCAGGAUGUGGCCCCCACCCCAGCUCCUCGGCUCCGGAAAGGCUCUGAUGCCCCCUGGCCCCCAGUCCCCCAAGGGGAGGACAAGGCCCCCAAAGCCUCAGGGCCUCCCCCGGCAGGAGUGGGUUCUGCCGGGGAGACCCAGGCCCAGGCAAGCCCUCAGGAAGGGACAGAGGCCCAGGGAGCCGGGCCGGGCCCAGGCAUUGAGGACAGAGGUUCCAGAGACUCUUCGGGAGGGCAGAAAGCCAAAGUUGAGGAGGGGGUCGCUGGGGACAGGCCAGAGGAGAGUGGGGUGGCCACUGAGCAUGGGUCAGGAGUCAGAGAGGUGAACACUAAGAGGUCAGAGGUCAGAGUUGGGGAAACCAAAGAGAGUUCAGAAGUUAGUCAAGUGGAUGCUGAGCAGAGGUCACAGGUGAGACACGUGGACACUAAGGGACCAGAGGCUACAGGGGUGACAUCUGAGGCAAGAUUCAAGGGGACUCCUGAGGUUCCUCCAAGGAGUUCUCAGGGGAGGAUGGGGGUUAGGACCAGGGAUGAGGUUCCCACAAUCCUGAGCCCACCUCUAGCAGAGCCCGCAGGUCACUCUGGGGAUCUCGGUGACCUCAGAGGGGCCAGGGCUGCUACAGGCCAGGAGAGAGAGGAUGCAGAGGUGAGGGGUGGAGCCCCUGGUAUUGGGGGGACAGGCCUGGAGCAGGGCCCCUCUGUUGGAGCAGCGAGCACCAGGCCCCAGGUGAGCAGGUACCAGGGGGCCCCACCAGCAGCUGACCAGGGGGCGAUGUCUAGGGAUCUGGGGGUCUGGGAGGCAGAAGCUGGGGAUUCAAGGGUCCUGGAAACAGAAACUAGGGAGGCAGAGUCAGAGGUGUUGGGGACCCAGGAGACAGAAGCAGUGGGAUCAAGGUUCCCAGAGAUAGAGACCGGGACAGCAGAAGCUGAGAUAUUGGGGGCCCAGGAGACAGAGGCAGGGAGAUCAGGGUUCCUGGAGUCAGAGGCUGCUGGAGUGGCAGAGUCGGAGGAACUGGGGGCCCAGAAAACAGAGGUGAGGAUUUCAGGGGCCCUGGGGACAGAGGCUGGGACAGCAAAGUGUGAGGUACUGGAGACCCAGAAAACAGAGGCUGGGGGUUCAGAAGUUCUGGGGACAAAGACUAGGAUGGCAGAGACUGAGAUAUUGGGGUCCCAGGAGAUACCCGGGGGUUUAGCAGUACUGAGGAUAGAAGCUGAGAUAGCAGAAUCUGAAAUAUUGGGGGCCCAGGAGACAGAGGUGGGAGGUUCCAGGGUACCAGAGACUGAGGGUGGGAGGGCAGAGGCUGAGAUAUUGGGGGCCCAGGAGACAGAGGUGGGGGUUUCAGGGGUCUCAGGCAUAGAAUCUGAGAUAGCAGGGAUCUGGGAGACAGAGAUAGGGGGUUCAGGGGUCCCAGGGUUCAAGACUGAGACAGCCAAAGCUGAGAUAGUGGGGACCCAUGAGAUAGCAGCUGGGGGUUCAGGGGCCUCAAGGAUGGAAGCUGAGAUAGCAGGGACCCAGGAAACAGAGGUGGGGGGUUCCAGGGUUCCAGAGAUAGAGACUGAGAUAACAGAAGCUGAGAUAUUGGGGCCCCAGGAGAUAUCUGGGGGUUCAGCGGUACUGAGGAUAGAAGCUGAGAUAGGAGAAUCUGAAAUAUUGGGGGCCCAGGAGACAGAGGUGGGAGGUUCCAGGGUACCAGAGACUGAGGCUGGGAGGGCAGAGGCUGAGAUAUUGGGGGCCCAGGAGACAGAGGUGGGGGUUUCAGGGGUCUCAGGGAUAGAAUCUGAGAGAGCAGGGAUCCAGGAGACAGAGGUAGAGGGUUCAGGGGUCCCAGGGUUUGAGAGUGAGGUAGCCAAAGCUGAGAUAUUGGGGACCCAGGAGAUAGAAGCUAGGUGUUCAGGGGUCCCAGGGCUAGAAGCUGAGAUGGCAGAGACCCAGGAGACAGAGGUGGGGAGUUCGGGGGUCCCAGGAGUAGAGACUGAGAUAGUAGAAACUCAUAUAUUGGAGAUCCAGGAGGUAGCAGCUGGGGGUUCAGGGGUCCUAGGGGUAGAGACUGAGAUAGCAGGGGCCCAGGAGACAGAGGUGGCGGAUUCAGGAGUCUCAGGGCUAGAGGUUGGAAAGGCAGAGGCUGAGGGACUGGGGACUCAACAGACAGAAACUACAGUUUCAGAGGCUGAGAAGGCAAAGGCUAAGACUUCAGGGGUACAGGAGGCAGGGCUCUGGGGCACCCUCAAAUAUGAGGCUUUAAGAGCCCCACUCACUAAGGCUGGAGUUUUAGGGUCCGAGGGAGCAGAAGCAGAAAGUACAGUUUUGAGGGUCCAGGAGGCAGAGGCUGGGAUUUUGGGGGUUUCAGAGGCCAAAUCUGGGGUUUGGGGGGCCCAGGAAGCAGAGACGGGGGUUUUAGGGCCUCCAGAGAACCAAUCUGGUAUUUUUGAGGCCCAGGAAGCAGAGGCUGGGGUCUCAGGAACCAAGAAGGGAAAAGCAGCUGAGGGAAGCCUCCCAGAGGCCAGCCUGAUUGAGGCUCAGGUGGCCAGUGGGGCAGGGGCUGGGGUGCCCAGGCCCUCGGGGGCCUCUUCCCCAGAGGAGCCUGAAGAGGACGGGAGGCUGCCGGGCAGCCAGGCACCAUCUGCCCCGGUCAGCUCCAGCCAGUCCCUGCUGGAGUGGUGCCAGGAAGUCACCGCUGGCUACCGCGGCGUCCGCGUAACCAACUUCACUACAUCCUGGCGCAACGGCUUGGCCUUCUGUGCCAUCCUGCACCGAUUUCACCCGGACAAGAUCGACUAUGCCUCCCUCGACCCCCUCAACAUCAAACAGAACAACAAGCAGGCCUUCGAUGGCUUCGCGGCCCUGGGCGUUUCGCGGCUGCUGGAGCCGGCGGACAUGGUGCUGCUGUCGGUGCCCGACAAGCUCAUCGUCAUGACGUACCUGUGCCAGAUCCGCGCCUUCUGCACGGGGCAGGAGCUGCAGCUGGUGCAGCUGGAGGGCGGCGGCGGCGCCGGCACCUACCGCGUGGCCAGCGCCCAGCCGAGCCCGCCUGAUGCCCUGGACGCCGGCGGCCUGGCGCAGCGGCUGCGCGAGCACCGGGCUGAGGAGCCCAAGGAGGCCGCGAACCGCGCGGACGGGGCGGCCCCCAAGGCGGCCUCCAAGGACCGAGGGGCCGAGGCCGCCCAGGAGGCGCGCUCCGUGGAGUCCCCCGACGGCCCCGGAGCCCGGGCAUCCGUGCCCCCGGCCGAGGGGCUGCUGAACGGGGCGGGGGCGCCGGGCGCCGGGGGCGGCGUGAAGCUUCGGCGGCCGUCGGUCAACGGGGAGGCCGGGCCAGUGCCCCCGCCCCGCGCGCAUGGCUCUUUCUCCCACGUGCGCGACGCCGACCUGCUCAAGAAGAGGCGCUCGCGGCUGCGGAACAGCAGCUCCUUCUCGGUGGACGAGCCGGACUCGGGAGCCGCGGGCGCUGCCGGAGCCGGAGCCGCGGCUGCGGAAGGCCUGAGCCCUGACCCCAGCCCUGCCCCUAGCCCAUCCGCAGCCACAGCCCCGCAGCAGCUCCCUGGUGGGAGUCCCCCAUCGGAGGAGCCACCGCCAAGCCCAGGGGAGGAGGCUGGGCUGCAACGGUUCCAGGACACAAGUCAGUACGUGUGUGCAGAGCUGCAGGCCCUGGAACAGGAGCAGAGGCAGAUAGAUGGACGGGCGGCCGAGGUGGAGACACAGCUGAGGAGCCUCAUGGAGUCAGGUGCCAACAGGCUGCAGGAGGAGGUGCUGAUCCAGGAGUGGUUCACACUGGUCAACAAGAAGAACGCUCUCAUCCGGAGGCAGGAUCAGCUGCAGCUGCUCAUCGAGGAGCAGGACUUGGAGCGGAGGUUCGAGCUGCUGAGCAGGGAGCUACGGGCCAUGCUGGCCAUCGAAGACUGGCUGAAAACGGCCGCGCAGCAGCACCGGGAGCAGCUCCUGCUGGAGGAGCUGGUGUCGCUGGUGAAUCAGCGCGACGAGCUGGUCCGGGACCUGGACCACAAGGAGCGGAUCGCCCUGGAGGAGGACGAGCGCCUGGAACGCGGCCUGGAGCAGCGGCGCCGCAAGCUGAGCCGCCAGCUGAGCCGGCGCGAACGCUGCGUGCUGAGCUGAGGCCGCGCCCUCCCGGCCCGUCGGACCGCAGCUCUUCUCGUCGCCGCCCCGGGCCUGCGCCCCGGAGGACCGGACUCUCCUGGAUGCCGAGCACGGCCUGGAGGGGCCCCGUCGCCCCUCUUCGGGGAGGGGGUAGGGCGGCCCCGUGGGACAGGAGCGGCUGGGCGGCCGCGCCGUCCGGGCCGCAUUUAUUGUCCGUGUGAGUGUGUGUGCGUGGGGCUGGGGCCCAGGAGCGCCGCGCAGAACCCCUCCCCGACGGCAGGGCCCGGGCCGGCCAGCCCCGGGGAGAGGGAUGGCCGUGAGCUAACGCGCCCCCGCCCUCCCCUUCCUGUUGCUGGAGAGCAAUAAAGUUAGGGAAGGCUA